UCGCGUGGAUAAGGAAAUUCCCAAAAAGAAAAUGUAGGGCCUUCUGAUUGCGAACGAAUUUGGAUAUACCGAUGUUACAAAUGUAGAUAUAGACUAGACUUCACUAAAGUUUCUCAAGCACUGUUGCCUUUUGAGGUGGGUAAUUGACAGAGCGGCGCAAGAGUGAUUACAGCGUUGACAAUGAGGAGGGUGGGUGGCGCCGAGCCGAGGAAAUGAAACGAAGCGUUUUGGGCAUGUCAUAUCAUUCACCGUCUUUGGGGGAAAGAAAGAAAAAGAAACGGUCCAUUCAUUUCAUUUGUUUGUUUGUUUGUUUGUUUUAUGUUUUGUGUUUUAAGCUUUAUUGUCUUGUGUUGUAUUGUAUACAUCAACAAAGCCAGUUUUGCAGAACCCCGGGAUCCGCGUUUUUCGACCACUCCAUCUCACCCAUUCUGUUAAUCCAACGUUGUUUUCCGACCAUGAACUGCAUUGCCAUCUUGUUAUAACAAAUGCCGAAUUGGCAUCAACACAAUUGAUUAAUGUCUGUGAUUGUGUCGUAUUUUAGGAUUUUGUUGUGACCCACGACACAAUCACAUGGAGGAUUAAAGCAGAAGGAACGCAUUGGUGUUUCGUAUUCGAGUUUCGAGGAAAUUAAGGUUUAUCAUCGCCAACCAUCAAUGUCUGCUCGGAGUGGACACCAAACGGUUCCCCUUUCGGUGCUGCUGAAGCGCGAGUUGGCCAACGAGAAAUUUGAGAAGCCGGAGGUGGUGGUUGUGCACGGCCAAGCUAGCGAGAAUAAGAAAGGCGAGGAUUUCACGCUGUUGAAGACGGAAUGCCAAAGAGUCGUCGGAGAUGGGGUUUCUACGUAUUCUGUUUUUGGACUAUUCGAUGGACAUAAUGGAUCUGCUGCUGCUAUUUAUGCCAAGGAGAAUCUUCUAAGCAAUGUUUUAAGUGCGAUUCCUUCUGAUCUUAACAGAGAUGAGUGGAUAGAAGCAUUGCCUAGGGCUUUGGUUGCGGGCUUUGUAAAAACUGAUAAAGAUUUUCAACAGAAAGCAAAAACAUCAGGAACAACUGUAACCUUUAUGAUUAUAGAAGGAUGGGUUGUAACAGUUGCAUCAGUUGGUGAUUCCCGUUGCAUACUUGAGUCUUCCGAAGGUGGAAUUUAUUACUUGUCAGCAGACCAUAGACUAGAAAGCAAUGAAGAGGAGAGGGUCCGCAUCACUUCUAGUGGGGGUGAGGUUGGUCGUCUAAAUACAGGUGGAGGCACAGAGGUUGGUCCUUUGAGAUGUUGGCCUGGUGGCUUGUGUCUUUCACGAUCAAUUGGUGAUAUGGAUGUUGGUGAAUUUAUAGUUCCUGUACCAUACGUAAAGCAAGUAAAGCUUUCCACUGCUGGAGGCAGGGUUAUUAUCAGCAGUGAUGGUGUCUGGGAUGCUCUAACUGCAGAAAUGGCCCUUGAUUGUUGUCGUGGCAUGUCAGCAGAUGCAGCAGCAUCACAUAUUGUGAAAGAAGCCGUGCAAGCAAAGGGACUUAGAGAUGACACAACAUGCAUUGUUAUUGAUAUAUUAGCCCAGGAGAAGCCACCUACUUCUGUGCCAACACAAAAGAAACAGGUAAAAGGAAGGCUUAAGUCCAUUUUUCGCAAAAAGUCCUCUGAAUCAUCUGAUAUUGACAAACAAUACCUGGAGCCAGAUGUGUUACAAGAACUAUACGAGGAAGGGUCUGCUAUGCUUUCAGAGAGGUUAGAAACAAAAUAUCCACUUUGCAACAUGUUCAAGUUGUUUAACUGUGCUGUGUGUCAGAUAGAGAUAAGACCUGGGGAGGGUAUUUCCAUACACGAGGGUGCACAAAAUCCAGGAAGAUCGCGACCCUGGGAUGGACCUUUCCUUUGCUCAAGUUGCCAGGAGAAGAAAGAAGCCAUGGAAGGGAAGCGAACAUCAGAUAGACUUAGCAGUGGAAGUGACUAAUGAAUUAUCAUGUACAUUUGCAUUUUGAGACACAAAGAACCUUCAUAUAACGGGGAAGGUAAAACUUCCAAGCAACAAUGACUCCCUUUGUCCCUUAGAUUACCACGGAGGCUUCUCAGAAUACGGAUGUAUUUUGGAAAUCCACAUGGAAAUCAAUAUGGAGUUUCUGUGUUGUUCAAUGUAUGAGUCAGGAGACUAACAAACAAUUGCAGCAUGUUAGAAGAAUACUGACUUGGAAAAGAGGAAUAUGAAGUAUGAACCAACCAAGAGUGUGAAAGGUUGUGUUCGAAGUGGGAAUGCACAGCAGGACGUCGGAGGUGAUUCAUUCUUGCUUUUUUAAUUCCUUUGUUCUCCCUGGAUCUGUUCAUUUGUAUAUAUGUCUUCAGAAUCACGAAAUCGAGCUUUAAGGAAACUGGUCUUUGUUGUUGUAUUGUGCUAUACAGGGAGGUCUUUUAGUUGUUUUUUAGUUUUUUUUUUUUUUUGGUGGGGGGUUCUAAUACAAGGAAGGGAGUUUAUUUAGACGUCAUAGACCAGUUCCACUGUAUAAUAGACGUGCUUUAAGGCUUCUGAAUUAGCAUUAAAUUUCGAUAA